AUUGCAUACAACUCAGUUUCUCGAACCAUCAUCAUCAACUCAGUCCUCUUCUAUCUUACUCGGUUCCACAGAAUCCGAUGGCUUUUGCUCAUUAUUCGGUCGCAAUUCCAUUCGAUAUUUCAAAGCACACCAAAAUAUCAAUUUCCCCUUCUUUUUGUUCUACUGAAUCUUUAUCUUUCUUAGCUUUCACUUCUUCUUCGUUUUCUUCCCCUUUUCCUCUCUUGUCUAGAGCUCGAAAUCUCUCUACUUUCCCCAGAAUUAAUAGAGUCGGACACAAAGCGAAGGCUGAGCCCCAGGAAUCUGAAGUGCAAUUAGCAGCUGAACCAUUUAGUCAAUUCAAACAUCUGCUUCUUCCAAUAACUGACAGUAAUCCUUAUCUUUCUGAAGGAACGAGACAGGCAGCUGCAACUACUGCUGCUUUGGCAAAGAAGAAUGGAGCUGACAUUACUGUUGUGGUUAUUGAUGAAAAGCAGAAAGAGGUAUUGCCGGGUCAUGAAACUCAAUUGGCUAGUGUUCGCUGGCAUCUCUCUGAAGGUGGAUUUCAGGAAUUUAAGUUGUUGGAGCGACUUGGGGAAGGAAGCAAGCCUACCGCCAUCAUCGGUGAAGUUGCUGAUGACAUGAAUUUGGAUCUUGUGGUGAUGAGCAUGGAAGCCAUUCAUUCCAAGCAUGUAGAUGCAAAUCUACUGGCUGAGUUCGUCCCUUGCCCUGUCUUACUUUUACCAUUGUAGGAUCUUUGAAAUUGAAUUCAAAUGUGCUGCAAAUGCCAGUUUUCUCCUAGGCUUUUGUGAUUUCCAUUCAAGUUGUUGAAGCUAUGCUAAUUGAUUUGGUUUAGAAGAGGAUGGAAAAUGACAGAUUAGCACCAUCCAUAAAUGAUUGAGCUUUUAGCAUAACCCGAGGUUCUCGUUGUU